AUGCGAUUUGUGAAUCGUAAGGGUGUGUAUGUGUUGGAGCAACUUGGAGCGACUGUCAAACCAGGUGCCAGAGAGACAAGUUCGAUGUACCGUCGCCAGUUUAGCAACUUAAAUAAUCAACCCCAUUUCAAACUUUCUUCAAACAAACAGAAUGGAUAUGCUGGACUUGAGAUGACCUCCAAGAUGGCAACCGUUCGAAAGAACAAGGAAGGAUUCACUCCAAGACAAGUCAAGGCUGUGAUGGAAGCGAGAAGACACUUUAAGGCGGCUAUCCAGUCUCCAUCUAUAGCGUACUGUGAUGCCCUCUUCCGGAACAUUCUUCUCACCACAGGGUUUGUUCCUCUUCAAUGGCAAAAUCUGAUGAACUUUGCCAUUGAAAAGAAGCCAGGAGACUUCCGCCUAUCUAAAAUGCGCACCAUCCAGCUGAUGAAUUCCGAGGCCCAGGCAAACAAUAAGAAGGCGGGCCGUGCAGCCAUGCAAUUUGCCAAAGCGCACUCCUUGAUACCCGACGGGCAAUGCGGCUCACGCAAAAGUCAUCAAGCAAUUGACCUGGCCUUGUCUAAACGAUUAGUGUGGGAUCUACUGAUAUUUCAACGCCGCGAAGCGGGGUGGAUCUCGAAUGAUGCCAAGUCCUGCUUUGACCAUGUUGUCCACUGGGUGGCCAUCGUCACAAUGUUGCGGUUUGGCUUGACAUGGCGUGUCCUAUCAUCGAUGUUCAACAUGCUCUCCUCCGCUACCCACCAUGUUUGCACAGGUUUUGGUGACUCCAAGAGAAGCUUUUGCCCUCCGUCAGCGGUGCCACUCCAAGGUUGUGGGCAAGGGAAUGGUGCCGGACCCCCCAUUUAG